UACUGUCAGUGGUGCGCGACGGUAUAUACGGAGCAUGCGCAGAUCAUUCUUCCUUUUUUCAGUGCAGCGGAGUCAAAACCCCAGUCUUUGACUCCAGUCUCCGGGCAAAGGCGCUCGAAAGACUGCAAAAUGGGUUUCGUUAAGGUGGUCAAGAAUAAGUCCUACUUCAAGAGAUACCAGGUGAAGUUCAGGAGGAGGCGAGAGGGAAAGACCGACUACUUUGCCCGCAAGCGCCUGGUCAUCCAAGACAAGAACAAGUACAACACACCCAAGUACAGGAUGAUCGUCAGGUUCUCCAACAGGGACAUUGUCUGCCAGAUCGCUUACGCCAAGAUAGAGGGAGACGUGAUCGUGUGCGCCGCCUACUCCCACGAGCUGCCGAAGUACGGAGUCUCCGUGGGGCUGACGAACUACGCGGCGGCCUACUGCACUGGAUUGCUGAUGGCCCGCAGGCUUUUGAACAAGUUUGGCCUUGACAAAGUUUACGAGGGCCAGGUGGAGGUGACUGGAGAUGAGUUCAAUGUGGAGAGCAUCGACGACCAGCCCGGUGCUUUCACCUGCUACCUGGACGCAGGACUCGCCAGAACCACAACCGGAAACAAAGUGUUUGGGGCUCUCAAAGGCGCGGUCGACGGGGGGCUGUCCAUCCCUCACAGCACCAAGCGCUUCCCUGGCUACGACCCCGAAAGCAAGGAGUUCAACGCGGACGUCCACCGCAAGCACAUCAUGGGCAUCAACGUGUCCGAGUACAUGAGCUACCUGAUGGAGGAGGACGAGGACGCCUACAAGAAGCAGUUCUCCCGCUUCAUCAAGAACGGCGUCACCCCCGACUCCGUGGAGGAGAUGUACAAAAAGGCUCACGCCGCUAUCCGUGAGAACCCAGUCCACGAAAAGAAGCCCAAGAAAGAAGUCAAGAAGAAGAGGUGGAACCGCGCCAAACUUUCUCUGGCCCAGAGAAAGGACCGUGUUGCCCAGAAGAAGGCCAGCUUCCUCAGGGCCCAGGAACAAGAGGUUGCCGACAGCUAAAUCUGCAUCCUCUGCUUCUAUGCACGGAAGAAACAUCCAUUCUAAAUAAAUCUUUUGGAAAAGA